UCAGUUUUAAUUUUUAAACUUAGACAUAAUAAUAUUAUUAUGUCUAUGGUUUUAAAUUAUGUUUUGUUUUGAUUGUGGACAAAUGAUUUUCUGCUGCCAGUUCACGACUGUUGAUGAUCACAGAUCAAUUAAAAUAAUUAAUUUUUGACUCGGAUCUUGGGUCAUUAGUUUUUUCAAAUGUUAAACAAUUAAAACUAUUUCACAUAAAAAGCAUUAAACCUGCGUUUUUGCUUUUGUCUUCAAUAGAGUUGAACACGUUAUGCACUAAUUAUCAUGAAUCGCUUUGUUUUUAAAAGUACUCAAUAUGCAAUGAAAACUAAGCUUGUACACGAUGUUAAAAAUAAGACUUUCAAACAUGAAAUUUUAAAUGCUAAAGGAAAUUUUGUUAUAAAAAUUCAAUACAAAAUAAUUGAUGGUUUAUUUGUUUUAUAUCAUACCGAAGUACCCAAAGAACAUAGAGGUCACCAACUUGGACAUUUAAUUUAUCAAGUAUGAAGUGAUUGACUACUUGGUUAAAAAUGAUAUAAAAACAGCUUUAUACUGUCCUUUUCUGGUUAAAUGUCUGAAAAUAUAUCCAAAUGAAAAGAUUAAUAUCAUUAGAAAGUUACCUUCAAUCGAAAAACUAAAAUUCUGAAGUAGUAUAGUUGUAGAAUUAUCAGGUGUAGCUUGUACACUAAAAUAGAUACCCAUUGUUUACAAAAUAGACUAAAAUGGAUUUAGAACUCAUACAGUAUUAUCUUAGAAUAAAAUAUUAUUCUAGUGCACAAAUAUCUGGGUUCAAAGCUAUACAAAAUAAUUUAAAUAGUUCAGUUUAUCAACUUUAUUAUGGUUUAUCAUUUGUUCUUCAUAAUAAACUGUCAAAAGGGCUGACCAUACUUGAUGCUUUAGUCAAAUUUAGUGAUAUUGGAUUAGCUUCUACACUGAUUAUGAUCUAUGCUCAUAAACAGUAUGAGGUCCCUGAUACCAAUACAAUAGACAUGUUAGAACUCACGAUCCCAGAAUUCAGUCAUUCAGAAGUGGUACUGUUUCAUGCUGCAAAUGUUAUGAUGUUGUGUAAUUGUCUUGAAAAAUCAAAAACUUAUGUUGAUCAGCUUUUGUCCGAAUAUCCAAGUUCAGUUGAUGGCUAUUUAAUUAAAGGCUGGUUGGAACUUAAAGAAAACAAUCUAAAAAGUGCAAGAAACUGUUUUAAAGCCGUCUUAUCACAGAAAAACGAUUCAAUUGGAGCUUAUCUUGGUGAAGCUGCAACUUUAGAUGUAACUGAAGCUAUUCAAAUCUUAAAUCAACUUAUUGUUAAAUUACCUGAUUUUUUACCACCUUUUGUUGAAAAGUUAAAUCUUUACAUAAGUGUACAAAAAUGGUCUGAUGUUAUUGAAACUGCUGAUCGUGUAUUAAGCAUAAAUUCAGAUUGCCCAUUAGCUGUAAUGGCGAAAAUUCUAUAUAACAUUGCUGUUGCUGGAAAAUAUGAAGAAAUACCUAACCAGUUUUUCAAAACUAUUGAAAAAUCAGAACCUAGCCCAAAUUUAUUUGUUCAGUGGUCUUCAGCUAUAUCUCGAACUUGUGGUCAACAUAAAACCAUUAUCAAUGAAUGUAUUCGUGCUAUGCAAAUUGCUGUUGAUUUGGAACCAAGUGUCAAUAAUAAACUAGAACUUGCAUAUCAAACAUAUUUAUCUGGACAGUACAAGGAAGCAAUACAAUUGUAUGGUGAUUUAUCUAAUGCAGAACCCAUUCCUAAAGCAAUGGAAGGGAUAAUUCUGUGUCAUAUUGAAAUGAAUGACAUAAAUGUCCAAGUCGAAAAACAAAUUGAAUUAUUAAAUGAAAUUAGAGGAGAAUUAAAAUCAAGCGAACUUUUAUUUAUAAAUGCAUAUUGGGCAAAGAAUAAUGAAGUGAAAUCAACCUUAAUUAAAUUAUCAGUUGAGAAGCAAUUUGAUUCUACUACAAACUUGCCAUUUGGCCCAGAAUAUUUGAUAAAACUUAAUCCAAAUAUGAUAAUGACUUUUUUAAAACACUUAUCUGAUCGUAUUUAUAAAGAAAUUGCCUUAGAAAAGAUUCUAAAUGUUUGUCCUGGACUUAUUGAUGGUUGGUUAAUGCUUGGAAAUAUUCAAAAUAUAAAAAAAGCUUAUAAAUCACUAGAAAAAGUAUUAGAACUUGAUCCUACAAAUUCAGAAGCUCAUCUUAUGGUUGCUAAUCUUUUAAUAAAACAGGGCCAUUUUUCAAAUGCUUCUAAAAGCUUGGAUUUAGGGCUUAGCUAUAACUUAUCGAUUAGUGAGUGGCCUUUAUAUAAUCUGUUGAAUGGACUUGUUCAUAAAAAUUUUGAAAGAAAUAAUGAGUGCAUUCAAGCAUUAGAAAAUUCUUUGAAUAAUUUGUCAAAUGAACAUACACUUGAACACAAUAAUUUAGCUUCUUUGUUUAUUGCACUCAGUGAAUGUUAUUGUAUGGGAAACAAUAUUGAUAAAGCAAUACAAACUGUGAACAAUGCUUAUGAAUAUUUGAAAGAUACAAACUAUGAAGGAGAAAUUAAAAUAGCUGAAGCAAAAAUUUCUGUGUAUAAAAAUGAUACUAAAAAUGCUUUAAAAAUAUUAAAUUCCGUAAAAUCUGAUAAAGACAUCUUCAUCAAAGCACAAAAAAUGAAGGCAGAUAUUGUUUUGAGGACUAAUCAAGAUCCAUAUGAAUAUGCUGAAUGCUUCAAAAAUGUAGUUGAUUCUUUUCCUACUGUUGAUAAUAUGAUUGAACUGUCAAAUGCAUAUUUAAAAAUUCUGGAACCUGAUGAGGCUAUUAGAGUGAUCAAGAAUGCAUUGAGUUUAAAGAAUGAACCAUCAUUGUUCAUAAAAGUUGCCCAAGUAUUAGUUGCAGCACAUCAAUAUGACGAGGCUAUCAAAUACUAUAAUAAAUCAGGUAAUGAUGGUGCAUUGGAGAUGGCAAUUCUUUUAAUCAAAUUGAACCAGUGUGAUAUGGCGAUUAAAGUUUUAAAUCAACUCCCAUUAGAAGUUAGAGUUAUUCCCAUGGCAAACGCUUUGGAAAAAAAAGGUAAAUUAGACGAAGCACUUGAUUUGUUAAAACAGUGUUCUUACUUAGAAAACCAAGAGUUGAGCACACGAUUAAAUAUAUUGAGACAUAGUGGCGAGAUCGCUCAUAAGUUAAAUCGAAAUGAUCUUGCUGUUUCUUUUUACAAACAAGCGCUUGUGCAUGUUGUAGACAGUGACGAAGCAAGUUCGUUAAAGAUAAGUUUAGCCAAGUUGUAUAUGCAAAUGAAUGAUUGGAAUUCAUGUGAAAUGAUAUGUUCUUCAUUGCUCAAAGAUACAAACAAUGAUUUAGCACUGUUAAUUGUAGCUGAUUUGUCAUUUAGACGCUGUGAUUUUGUUACAGCAAAAAAACAUUUUUAUAAACUUUUGGAAAAGCAACCCACCAACUGGGCAGCAUUAGCUCGGCUGAUAGAAGUCUGUCGUAGAACUGAUUGUUUGGAAGAAGUAAAAACAUUUAUAGCAGUCGCACACAAGAAUAUUGCACAAGCUGGAUUUCAUUUCUGUUGUGGGUUGUAUUACUGGUACGCAUCAAAUGUCAAUGAGGCAAUGAAACAUUUCAAUUUUGCCAAAAAUGAUGCUGAAUGGGGACAGCAAGCACUGCACAACAUGGUUCAGAUUUGUUUGGAUGAAGCCACGUUAAAUUUAAACUUGGCCAAUAAAUUGAUAACAGAGAUGAAACCUAAUACACCAGAAGAACAAAAAAAUUAUACUUUGUUAUCGACUUAUGUGUUAUUAGAGUCUAGAGAAAAACUAUCUGUAGAAAAAGCAAUAAAUGUUUUUAAUGAAUUGUCACAGGAAUCGUGCAAAAUUGCUGCUUCGUUAGGGUUGGCAAUGGCUUUUGUUUAUCAAAAACAAGCACAAAGAGCUAAGACAAUUCUAAAAAGAGUUGCUUUUAAAGCUGUUUGGCAAUUUGAAGAAGCUGAAUACUUGGAACGCAGUUGGUUACUUAUGGCAGAAUUAUAUUUUCAGUCUGGCAAGACCAGUAUAUGUGUGGAAUUGGUUAAUAAAGUUCUUGUCUACAAUAAGUCUUCAAUCAAAGGCUUAGAACUUUUAAGUGCUGUGGCAGAAAAGGAACAGAAAUAUGACGAUGCUGUGGAUUAUUAUGAACGUGCUUGGGUGUUAAGUGGAUGUAAGAAUUUUAAAAUUGGAUACAAGCUAGCUGUAAAUUUGUAUAAAUUGAAACUAUUCACAAAGUCUGUUGAAAUAUGCUUUGAUUUAAACCCUUCAAGUCCAGACCAAGUUAAGUUGAAAAAAGAUAUAAUGGACAAAGCAAGACUAUCAUUAAGAUCACGAUAACUGUGUAAAAAAUGAAUCUAUUUUAUAAUGUUUAUUUUUCAAAUCGCCUAAUUAUAAUAUUUUUCAAAAAUAAUUAUACCUUUGAUAGAUUA